GGAUCGAAUUAUAGUUUAGUUGCCUGAAACUGAAAGGAGUAUAAUGGUCAAAACCUUCUAGUUUCUGGAAAGUACCGAGCCUCCACUGGAUUUUAGGUGACUUUAAUUCAGCGUGACGUACGGCAUGACAUCACACGACUGUGUCCAAUGAGCUUCGCGCUCCUGAUAGAGUUUCAACAGAGUCCGAUCCCAGGGCGACAGGUUUGAGACUCCGCCGUCUGAGUGCGAGAAACCUCCAACUCACUCACUGGAUAUUUAUUCACCUGUAGGACGCUUCUUACCUGGCCACCGGACACCGCAGUUCGGAGGACAGAAGCUGUUUAUACGAUUUAAAAGGGAUUUUGGACGCUAGAUUGUAAACCAACUCAAGAGGGACUGCUGAACAGACUUCAGCGACGCACCUUAACAUUAAGUUUCUCUGCUCGCCCAUUGAAAGAAACUAGAGAAACCACCUAACAGUUUCUAUCUCCAUCUGACCGUCUCGAUUCUGUACCGAGUUCAACAAGCGGACAACAGACAAUUUUUGUAAAGGUGGACUGUCCACCCUUCCCUCCGAUGAACAUGUCAGGACUGUUAAUCGCACUCCUUCUCCUAAUUAUUCAAGGGUCUUUGGCUCAGCGCGUGAGGGUGGAUGCAGAAGUCGAGUCAUAUCCUGGUCAGGCUGUGACACUGCGUUGCCAGUUUCCGAAUCCAGGCGAAAAUCAGCUCACUCAGGUGUCAUGGAUCUUUGAACAGACUGACGUAGAGAGAACCAACAUCGCAGUCUUCCAUCCAAAAUUUGGGGCAAAUUACCCUACCAAAUCCCCUCUAUAUGGGCGUGUCCGUUUUGUAACAGACCCGCCCACUUUGGAAAACCCAUCCAUUCAGAUUACAGAUGUGAAGAUGACAGAUGAGGGACGAUAUAUCUGUGAAUAUGCCACCUACCCUUCCGGCAACGAACAGGGAGUGUCUUCACUGGUCAUGCUGGCUAAACCAAAGAACAUGGCUACAACUGUCACCGUUACUGCCGGCACAACCCCGGUCAUUGUGGCGCGGUGUGAAUCAUCCAAUGGCCGUCCGGCAGCGACCAUUUCUUGGUCCACGGCGCUUAACGGAAAUGUGUCGACGCCGAUGAAGACGGACAAUGCGGAUAAUACGGUCACCGUCCAGAGCACCUACAUGCUGGCUCCGCAGCCAGCGGAUAAUGGCAAAGACAUCAGCUGCAUAGUGUCACACCGUACCAUGUCCAAGCCUGACACCUUCCCGAUGAAACUUGUUGUUGAAUAUCCUCCCCAGGUGCAGAUCGUUGGGUACGAUAACAACUGGUACAGGGGCCGGACAAGUGCGUUUUUGACCUGUCAGUCUGAUGGAAACCCCCACCCCACCACUGUCACCUGGAAAACUUUGUCCGGGCUGAUGCCUGAAACAGUGCAGGUGCAGGAAAACCGUCUCUCUGUCCAGAAGGUGGAUGACACAAUAAAUACCACCUUCAUCUGUGAGGUCAGGAACAGCUUGGGAUACGCCAGAGAUCAAAUCACCGUCUUCGUGAGGGAGCAAUCACCUCCCUCCUCGAAUGCAGGUGUGAUCGCAGGCGUGAUCUUCGCGUGUCUUCUGGCCAUCGUACUGUUAAGUGUCCUCGCCUACUUCCUGGUAGCCCAUAAUCGCCGCCAACAGCAUGGUUACCGCGGCACCGGCAAGCCAACCGGUGCUCCCUACGACUCCUUUACCCGCCUCUUUGGCUCUGCCAAGUCAAGCAAAAACGGUACCGGAAACAACGGGAACAACAACACGCCCAUUUACAGAGGAGAUGUGGGGCUUAACGAGAAAACGGCCAAUCAGGGCAUGCAUCCGGGGGGCGUGGCUCUGCUCGAGACCACGCGCACUCACACAGCGGAGGAUAUCCUGCUUAGUAGAGAGAUGGAUGAGGUAGAAAGGAAGAAAUUUGAUGAACUGGAAGAAGAGGAUGAGCGAUAUGACCAUUUCAGUGGGGCUGGACCCAUCCUACAGCUCCGCCCACAUGAAGAUGACAUAGAUGAUGACAUGGAGUCCCAGAGGGAUGGCUCUGUGAUCUCUCGGACUGCUGUCUAUGUGUAAGAGGAGAGCAGAAAGAGGUUCUUGAAGGGUGAACGUGGACCUCUUCCAGAAAGGUUGCAUUUCUUCCUCUCAACGAAUAUUAAUUUUAUUGUAAAAACAAAUUACGGCAUCAAACACCAUGAGAAAAGGAUUAAUGGAUGGAAUGAGUUAAUGAAUGGAUGAAUUAAUACGCUGGAUAUAGCACAGAUUAAAACAUUGAAGGAUCGGGUGAAGUAAAUAGAGACUACUAAAUGCAAAACUGUCAGGCUUCCAUUCCUAAUUAUUGCUCUGGUUGUCAUGGGGACAAGUUCUGAGUAAUAUGAAACUGCAGAUGUUGACUCUGCGUGCUAUAUAUGACAUGCACACACACACAUGAAGUUAUGUAUAUAAAUCCACUGUGCUGUUAUGUAAUUGUUUUAACAGGUUCUUAUGUUCUGUUGAUCAUGAUUUCACACUUAAACCAGUUUCAAACUUGAUUUUAAUUGAGUUUGUUUGGAGCACAUUCCUCGGCGCUACAUCUCUCUUUCAGCACGUUCUAUGGAAGCUAUCCUUAUGUAUUGUGUAGAUCAUGAAAGAGUCAAACAUG